GCCGGAGGUGGGCAGGGGGCGAUCGCAGGACCCCGCCCCUCCCCGGCAAGUUGCGGUGUCGAGAGUAGGUGAACACCACCACCCUGCGGUCAACGUGGCUCCCUGCCGGUCCCGGCAGGGGGCUGGACUGCGGAAGCGUGUGUAAAACCCCUAUUCCAGCGCCUCGGUACUGAAUCCCGAAAUCUCCUUGCUCUCCCUGUUACAGACCGACCGGUUGAACCAGGGGAAGCAGCUUUGUACCUUGUGGUAGACUUGAGACAGGAAUUAUCCUCCUAUGACUAAAGCCAAGUGAGCAGUCUGGACUAGCACCUCGAUUUCCGCGUUGGGACGCUCCCACUCCCUCCCUCGGAAAACUCGAGGAGGAAGUGGAGGGGAAGUAGUUCUUGCCAGGAAUUGCAAGUAUGUUUAGGACAGAGAGGCUAUAUGCACUGUAUAUGCACUCUUGGAUGGAUCCAGCUAAGUCCCCACCUCUUGCCAGUCGUGGCCUUGUCGCUAGCUGCUGGGAUGUGGAGGAUUUUAAUCCCUCUAGGGUGGACCUGGAGAAAGGGGAUUUGAAAAUGGAUAGGAAGGAAGCUUUGUUUGGGGUCGUAAGCAUUCAGGAGCACUUUACCCACAGGACAGGAGGGGAAGGCUAGAUUGUAAAAUGUAAAAUGCACUGCGAAGGGUGGAAAGAAAUCGGGGUUACUAAUCCAGUACUAUAAAGUGUGGUGCCAGGUCAUCAGGAAAGAGGGAUAGGAACUGUGAAGAUCAGAAUACCUGGCAGCAAGGGGGCAGAAUUCCUUAUUUGAGCCAAGAAAAUGGAGUUGGGGAUGAUGCUUUACAUGAAAUUUUACAAAAUUUUUUACAAAAGGGGUGGCACUUAGCACCCCAUUAUCUCAACCCAAAGCGUGGGUGCAAGGUUAGAGUGUGGACCCCUGGGAUUAUCUCCCUACGACUCAGGCCUGAGCCAUUGUUUUUCCAUUGUAGAAAGGUGAGGAAACCACAAGAUAACUAACCAAUUGAAAAGGAGGCUGAGAAGUCCCAAGUCGUAUAUAAAAUUAAACCACUGGCAGUGAUAGAGUGGAGCGUGGGUCCCUAUGGUGCAGGAGAAGGGAAAUUCCAUGGUCUUGCUGUGCAUCCUUCUGGGACAGCUGUUGGAAUCCUCUUCUUGUAGGCAGCUUUGGAAACAGAAAAAGUAACUCCUUCCUCCUCUAGAAUCCUGACAGGAUAGCUCAGCGCCUCCAGUCCAAGUCCCUUGGUUUAUGAGUGAAGAUGCUAAGGGAGGUUCACCCAGAGAAAGGAAGGGGCUAGAACUAAGGUCACUGCAUCUGAGUCCAGGGCUCCUGGAUAAUCCAGGAAGGGAAGAGGAACAAGUUUUCUCAUUCCCAGGUAGGAGCUGAAAGCCAACCCGAGGAAUAAGUUAGCGCCAUCUGUAUGCCCUCCUGUUCUAUAAACAGAAUGCUCUUCUUUCUUGAUCUGGCACUAGACUCUGCCAAGCAUUCUUCCUGUCCCUAGCACCCCUCCCAUCUGGGUACUUCCUCCCAUUGGGGCACUCCUUCCUGUCCCAAACCCUUUCCUUGAGCCUAAACAAACAACAUCUGCCCUUUAUUCCCAGCCUCCAGCCCUCAUUUUGCUCCCAGGUCCCUCAUUUUCCAGGGCCCACACCAUUUGUUCUUACUGGCCUAAACAGCAUUGUCCCCAACAAGGUUUUACUCCUCAGUGCUCUUCUCCAUCCAGGAGACCUUUGAAAACUUGGAGAAGCAAAUGAACUUUAGUUCCCACCCUCCCCCCAGUACCUUUUUCCUAUAAGGCUCUGGCCUCAGUUCUCAGCCCCAUGUACUUGCUGGCUGCUGAAUAGCAGCAAUUCUGGGUGAGGAGAAUACUGCUGAAAGCCUGUGGGCUCCACCCUGCUCUCUCAUCUGUCUUCCCCAUUCAUCCCCAUCAGAUGGUUUAAGCAGCUUAGAGGGCUCCAAAGCAGCAGUGGGGGAGAACUCUGGCUGUCCUGGGCUCAGAGCUGAGCACAGGAUCAUUCUACAGGAAACCUUCUUGUGGGAAUUCCCCCUGGACAAGGCAUUGGUUAGUGGUGAUCUCAGCUGUGUCUGAGACACCCCCAUUCCAACUAGGGCCUAUCUGAUGUCAACAGGAAGUAAGGUUGAUACAGUGGGGCCAAGGGAGUUUGGGAGAAGAAAGUUCAAGAGCCUGGCUGUCCUGGCCCACACUCCACACUUCUGGCAGGAAUCCAGUCCCUGAAGGAGGUGGGGACUGAGUCAUAGAGGACGAGCCUGUGGAGUGGGAGACACCUGACCUUUCCCAGGCUGAGACUGAGCAGAAGAUCAAGGAGUACAAUGGCCAGAUCAACAGCAACCUCUUCAUGAGCCUGAACAAAGAUGGCUCCUACACAGGCUUCAUCAAGGUUCAGCUGAAGCUGGUACGGCCUGUCUCGGUGCCCUCCAGCAAGAAGCCACCCUCCUUGCAGGAUGCCCGGCGGGGCCCAGGGCGGGGCACAACUGCAAGGCGCCGCACCUCCUUCUACCUGCCCAAGGAUGCUGUCAAGCACCUGCAUGUGCUGUCACGAACACGGGCACGUGAGGUCAUCGAGGCCCUGCUGCGCAAGUUCUUGGUGGUAGAUGACCCCCGCAAGUUUGCACUCUUUGAGCGGGCUGAGCGUCAUGGCCAAGUGUACUUACGGAAACUGUCAGAUGACGAGCAGCCCCUGCGCCUGCGGCUCCUUGCAGGGCCCAGUGAGAAGGCCCUGAGCUUCGUCCUGAAGGAAAAUGACUCUGGGGAGGUGAACUGGGACGCCUUCAGCAUGCCUGAAUUACACAACUUCCUGCGUAUCCUGCAGCGGGAGGAGGAGGAGCACCUCCGCCAGAUCCUGCAAAAGUACUCCUAUUGCCGCCAGAAGAUCCAGGAGGCUCUGCAUGCAUGUCCCCUGGGGUGACCUCUUGUACCCCUAGGGGGAAGGAGGAGAGUAGGCAUUGCCAAAAGCGUGCCGUGUGAGUGUGACAGGGCCCGUGGGGCCUGAGGAAUGAGUGUGCGUGGAGGUCCUCCUCUGCUGGGGAACAAACCCAGAGAACAGUGAAGGAGCUGGGCCCGUGUGUCCACCAGUGGGUGUAGCAGAACAUGGCUCUGCCCCCCUCUGCCCCUCAUGUACUGGGUCAUGGUGGGCUGGGGCUUCCCUGGGAAGCUGCUGCAGGCUUGCAGCAGGGGUGGAGCAGACAGAAGUCUCCUUAAUUUAUGUUCUCAGAUAUGAGAAUCUUGGAGACCCUACAAACAGAAGUGUAGUGUUUGCGGAGUGAGGGCCCACAUCUAUGGGGAAAGAAAGGUAUGUUUUGGGUCUGGGGUGGGGUUUCAGGGUAACCUUGUCACAGCCAAGGGUGGGUGCUCAGAAUAAGGCAGGCAUCAAGGAAGAGUCUUGGUUUCCCUUUACAGUGCCCUCUGACUCCUCAUGCUCCCUGAGGUCAGUGAGUGCUGGCUUACAGUGCAGCAACAGUGCCUCAAUGCCUCCUGCAAGGAGGAUGUCCCUGGGCCAGGGUCUGUGUGAGUGUGGGUACUGGUCCAGGUCAGUCAAAGCCAGGGUCCCUCCCUUGGAUAUUUUUCAUGACGUGUGCGAAUGUACGUAAUGUUUUGUGGCCUUAGCCGAAUGCCUCCUGUGGGGAAAAGGGUAGGGGUGCAGUCAUCAUCAGGGCCUGGGGCCUGAGAAAAUUGGCUGAAUAAAGAUUUAAUAAUCCUCCUGC